AUGGCAUGGAUUGAACUUGACACUUGUUAUUUGACACAUGAUAGCUCUGCUUCAUUGCAAUUCAAAUUGCAAAGUUGGAGGCAAUUUUUCGAGCAGUUAGGUGUGACUGAUUUUGUUCAGGUAAUGGAAGUUGAGAAGAAUGUAUUUGAGGCUGAUGACUGUCAAAAUGGUACUCCCUUCCAAGGUGGUAUACCUGGAACACCUUAUAUUGUGUAUGACUGGGAGUCACCAGAAUUGAUGACUAUGUUAUCAACACUCACCUCAAAGAAUUUGCGAGAAAAUUGUAUAUAUCUUCUGAAGGUUCUAGACAAAUACUGGAAUGAUUAUUAUAGUACAAAAUCUAGGAGUCUCACAAAUGCAACAGAUUGUGGUGAAAAGAGAAAAGUUGACUCUUCCUUUAUGAAGUGUCUGCGAAACUUCAAGUGGAUAGCAUCGAGUAUGGAUAAGGACCUUCAUUACGCAAGAGAUCUAUUCUGUGAUUUUAAAAAUGUGCGCUCUCUUCUUGGCAGCGUCGCCCCAUAUGCUAAACCACUGUUAUCAAGCACAUUACUUAGGAAGGAUAUUGGAUUCAAGACAACAGUAUCCCACAGUGACGCUUUAUUGAUCCUCAAUCACUGGAUAGCAUCACAAGCUAAUUUUAGUGCAAGAAUGGACCAUAUGUGCAAAUUCUACACCUUCAUGUCAGAAGGUGCCGCUAGUGGAGAGAUCAACAUUAAACGCGAUUUCCUACCACGCUGCUCUAUAUUUACACCACUGCAUGGUUCACCAUCAACUAAUUCUGUAACCGGGAGAUUUAUGUCUUCAAAUGAUUUGUAUUGGCAUGACCCAACAGGCUGUUGUGAAAAGAUAUAUGCAUCCAUUUUAAUGAAGGGGAAUAUGUUUCUGAGAAAGAUGUUGUCUGUGGCUUAUCCAAGCCUCCAUGAUUUCUUUACUGAGACGUGUGGUGUACCAAAGAUACCAACGACAUCUGAGUACCUUGAGAUACUGCUCCGGCUAUCAAGUGUUGCAUUGCCUUCACAAGUAGCCAAUCAUGUGUUUCGUGUAUUUGUGAGAUGGGUUAAUGAUCUCCAUUCUGGAAGUUAUAAGAUGGACGAUAUCUUGUUCUUGAAAGAAUCUCUUCAGAAGUUGGAAACAAUGGUAUUGCCAACCCUGGGUUACAGAUGGGUGUCCCUCCAUCCAUCUUUUGGUCUUGUUUGCUGGGCAGAUGAUGAUGAACUGAAGCAGCAAUUUCAGAACACUCGUGAGGUCGAAUUUAUACAAUUUGGUGAACUUUCUCUUGAUGACAAACAAAAACUCGAUGGGAGGGUUGCUGCAUUGAUGAACAUUAUAGGUAUUCCGGCACUUUCUAAGGUUGUGUACCGAGAACCAAUGCAUUCUGGUACAGGGAACAACAGAGGAAAGGCUAGUUUACUUAAUUGGCUUUUACCAUAUAUGCAACGUUACAUCUACAAGAUGCAUGGAGAUACUUACAAUAAAUUUCAGCAAAAUGAGGCCACGAAGCUUAGCAGUCUUGAAGUUAUUGUUGUUGAGAAGUUAUCCUACAAGUAUAUGCUGAAAGGACGUGAUAGUUCUUGUGAGGGAAGAUUUGAAUGCUCUUGUCUUUUACAGGGAAAUAUUUUAUAUGCUACUCAAGAAGCUGAUUCACAUUCGAUUCUUCUGGAAAUUUCUAAACUUUUCUUUGAUGGAUCUGUUGAUCUACACUUCGCAAAUUUUCUUCACAUGGUCAAAACCAUGUCAGAAUCUGGCUCCGCAGUGGAACAAAUUGAGUUUUUUAUUGUCAAUAAUCAGAAGGUGCCUCCGUUACCUGAACAGGAACCUGCUUGGUCCUUUUCUUCAUCGUUUGUCGCCGAGGAAAUAUUUAGUUCCCCAACAGCUGAACUCCAACCUCCGGAUGAACCCAGACGCCCCCUCAAGCGUAACAAGAACCCAGGAAUCAUUGAAAGCCACCCACCGAAUAAUCCUGAAACAGCACCUGAUCUUGAAACCUCUUACAUAAGCCAGGAAGAGAUAAAGGUGAAUGAUACUGCAUCUUCAUCAGAGCUUAGCAAGCCUGUCGUGUGUGGACCCAUGGAAGAUACUUCAGUUCCCAUCAAGGUUGAAGGGGAUCAUGUCGUGAAAGAGAAUUCAACAACAGAACAUAUGCUAGGCGUACAGAGUACGGUUGAAGUUGAUGAUGAGCCUGCUUGUUUGGACUUGGAAGCAGGAAGCUCACCAAGUCUGAUUGAUGAAACUGAGCUAACCGAUGUUGAUGAGAAACUCGCUGAUGUUGCAGAAGAUGGAAGCAAGUUAGGAGCUGGCACGCCUGGUAAUGCCACAGUUCACAAGCCAGAUGAGCGGUUAAGAACCGGCAGGCUUGGUGAAGCUGGUACACCAACACCUUGCCGGGCAGCUGGGACCUAG